GCUCCACUCGGCUGUUGUCGUCGACUCGCGCAAGAGCACAAGCGGAGGUGGAAAAGGAGUGGAGAGAGGGGGGACUGGUCGUAGUGAGGAAGGAAGGGGAAAAAAAAAAAGUAAACGAAAAUUAAACAUUAACACCAGCCGUCAGCGGAAAGUGAAAGCGGUGCGACUCGGCAGCUUGAAAGUCUCGGUGAGGUCCAAGCAGAUCUGUUUUUAUGGUUUAAACACGUUAGGGGAGUUGUGACAUUGCGCUGUGAGCGACAGAGCAGAGGGAAAGGUCUCCUCCCAGUCUGUUGACGGAUACAGUUCGGCUUCAGUGAAAGGAGACACGGCUAGACCUGACUGUUCGUUUCCCCGGUCAGUGUUUCAUUGCCCAGGAUGUCCUCGAAGGCUCAUAGCUCCAAUAACAUCGCCCAUGCCCAGCGAACGGUGCAGCAGCUGAGAAUAGAGGCAAGCAUCGAGAGGAUAAAGGUAUCGAAGGCCUCUGCAGACCUCAUGAACUACUGCAGUGAACAUGCCAGAAACGACCCUCUACUUAUGGGCAUCCCCACCUCAGACAAUCCCUUCAAGGACAAAAAACCCUGCACUAUAUUGUAGUGGAUGCCACUUAGCCUUAUGGGUUUUUUUUUUUGCUUAUUAAUGUUGCUGUUUUCUUUUUGUUGGGAUGAAAGUGAGAGGUGGACUGUGAUCAUAUCAUUACCAUGUGUUCACCUGUUCAAUGCAAUUCAAAACUGUUUUCUUCAAAACAGCAAUUCAUAAUGAGAUAAGAAAGCCUAUUAGCCUGUACUGUUCUUUUUUUUCAGCAUCAUUUUCAGCUCUGACCACUAACAAGGCUGCAGGAUUUGUGUUGGCAUCAGGUACUCUGUGUUGCUUCAAUAAUAAUCACCAGCAUAUAUUUAGUUGGGAUAUGCUACGUGGUGGAAUAGUCCUUGGUAAUGUAAACAGUCUCCUCUACACCAGGCGGUUACUGUUAUUGUCUGUAAACUGGAUUCAUGCAGCCAAAGUUCCUCCUCUGUACCUUUAAAGUUUUAAGAUGGUAAACACAGCGCUUAAAAUAAGGCUUCAUUCUGCAUUCUGACAAGUAUUUAACAAACUUUUUUUUCGAAGUUAAGAUCAUUGGAUGAUGGAGUCUUAUCACAGAGUCUUGUGCAGUGUUGUCACUAAAUCUUGUGUUAAAUUCAGUCAAAGUAUUCUGUUACCCAAGUCCACAGCAAUCCACUUGCACAUUUGACACAUUGUUUUCCUGUGGGGUACUUGCAAGUAUGAUUACCAUAAAAUAGUGUUUUCUGUCAGCUGAUUUAAAUGAAGCAGCAUAGAGAGACACAAAAGACCUGAGAUCUAAACACCAUUAAUACAAAAUAAUCUCCGCUCUGAUUCAAGCCUCCUGAAGAUAUGACCUCAGUGCUGUGAUUUUUAAGCAGUGCUUGCAAAAUACAAAGAUGAACACGCUUAUAUCACAAAAAUACAGAAAAAAAUGUUCUUUCUUUUUUGUGUCAGCUAAUUGUGUGUGUAGUGCAACACUGUGUAAUAAUGAAGAACCUAGGACCAAUUCAAACCAGUGCUACUGCAUUUCAAAACAUCAUAAUAUGGGUCUGAUUGAGACUUUUUUUAAAAAAACAUUCCCUCUGAAAACACUCUGUGGUAUGAUAUUUGUAGGACAAAGAUGGCACGGCAACAAGUGUUACAACACUGUGAGUAACGCCUACAUGCUAAUUACAAGUGUCUUAAUUGAAUCAAUGUGCACAACAUGUGUUGUCUUAAAGUGUUAUUGCUGCAAAUGGCAGCGUGCAUUAGUGAUUAAAAACACACACAAGACUUUUCAUUUUAACUAUAACAUUUGUGUGGGUGGGGGUCUUUGAUCUUCAGUCUAAUGAGUCCUUCAUGUUGUGAUUCUCUGGGUGAACAUACCUGCUAUUGUGUAAUCUAACAACAAAAAUCAUAUUCGAUAGCAAACAUGACAUUUUCCUACACUCUAAAGCCUUACUUCUGUCUGCCUUCUUGUGUCCAGAAGAACACUCUUAAUGGGACACUUGUCUUUAAGAAAAACAGUUUCUAUUGAAUGUUUUUAUCUGUGGGGUGAAGGUGAUCUGUGAUUUAAUCGUGCCAUCUGUGUUUGUCCUUGCGUCACUAGUAGAACCUGUUGAAUUGUGUUUCACUUACAGUACCUGGUGCUCUGCUUUUUGGUAUUGUUGCCUUCUCCAAAGGGUACCUUCAGGUCUUCAAAUCAGCAAGAUCUUGUGCUAUUAUCCAAUCGUAUUUUUGAUUGUCUUGUUCUUACUUGCAAUAAAUCGUUCCUGUUUGCCUCUUAUUAGAAAGAGUUCAGACUACCACUGCCAUGUUCUCUGUCUGUUCUGUAACUCUGUAACUGCCUUAUUGCACCGUUGAUGGAUUAAUUUAACUGUCAGAAUCUGCAUUUUGAUAAAUGUCUUUAUUAAUAUACCAACCUUUGUAUGAAGACUUAUACGAUUAAUUAAGUGAAGCAUUCCUACAGUGCAAUACUGUACUAAUAUCUCAAUAAAGAUGUGUUGUCCUGCACACUUGACACAUUC